ACACCGGUUUGCAAAUUCCCAUAAAAGUCAAUAUAUGUUGUCAAUUCAUCAGUUUUUACGCUCAACUACAACGGAUAUUGGUAUCCGAAUGUUUCCAAUUUCAACUCGACUAAUAGGAGCACCGGACAGAGCCCAUUCAUCUCGUCACGUUGAGGAUUAAAACAAAAAUCUCGGUAUAAGUAGUUAGUACCUUGGUAGCUUUUAACAUGGAAUUGUGUCUCGCGGAUAAAAAGAUUGUAGUUACUGGUGCAGGCCAGGGUAUUGGCAAUGAGUUGUGCAAAACGCUGGUCAAAUUGGGCGCUAAGGUGAUUGCGGUCUCCCGAUCACCAGGUCCACUUGAAGCGCUGAAGACGGAAUGUCCCUCCGUGCAAAUUAUUCAAGUGGAUUUGAGUGAUUGGGGCGCCACCAGAACUGCACUGGAGAAGAUCGAUCGCGUUGAUGGGCUUGUGAAUAAUGCCGGAAUCGCUAUUAUCAAACCGUAUGAUGAACUGACCGAGAAGGACUUCGAUGACACAUUCAACAUCAAUAUCAAGGCUGCGUUCAACGUGUGUCAAAUCCUGAUCCCGAAGAUGGGCCCAGGUGCAAGCAUUGUUAACUUGUCCUCCUUGGCAGGGUUGAAGUCCUUCCAAGGGCAUAGCGUAUAUUCGAUGACGAAAGCUGCCAUCGACUCCAUGACGAAAAGCUUAGCUCUGGAAUUGGGCGAGCGGCAAAUUCGAGUGAACAGCGUCAACCCAACGGUCAUCCUAACGCGGAUGGGGCGCGACAACUGGAGCGAUCCAGCUAAGGCCGGUCCACUGAUAGCGAAAAUACCGGCUGGACGUUUCGGCGAGGUCAACGAAGUGGUGGAGCCUAUUAUAUUCCUACUGAGUGACAAGUCUGCGUACAUCAAUGGCCACUGCAUGCCACUGGAGGGUGGUUAUUUGGCAGGAAAUUGAUGGGCAUUGCAUAUGGACAAUAGAAGCGUUGUGUUAGGAUGGGCAUCUAUUUCUUUCGAAAGAAGUAUAAAGCUGCUAGCUAUUGAGUGUCUUAAAAAAGGAACUUUGGGGACCUCACAGGAACCAAAAAGAGAUUAAAUAGGUACCAAACUAUCAGGAAUCAAAAGAAAAGAUAUUUAUCUACUCAAAAAUCGUACCAGACAUUUCUAUAAGAAUAUUUUCAGGCCUUUUUUCGAGAAUUAUAUUCGUAUUUCUGUUUGCA